AUGUUGAGUCUGAUCGGGGACAGUUAUGUGCACGUGCCCUACCUCGAUAAGUUCCUGGUGGCCUACCACGACUUACACCGGGCCCACGUGGAGAAUGUGAUCCAGAUGGCCUUGAUCGAUUAUUACUAGUACUACGGAAAUUUAUCAUCGGAGGCUAGUCAACGUCGGGCGGUUACAUUGAAUGCGGUGGGCCAGUACGUUGAAUUCACCAUGCCCAUUGAGGCAAACUCGGUUGUCAUCCGGUACAGUAUACCGGACACCGCACAGGGCAAGGACAAGGAGAUAAGAGACGCUGAUAUCGAUCUCUACGUCGCCGGUAAUAAACUCAAGGCCCUGACGUUCACCUCGCGGUACAGCCAUUAUUACGGUGGCUAUCCGUUCAACAACGACCCUCAUAGUGAAAAUCCGCACCACUUUUACGAUACCGUACGCACGCUAUUGGACAAAACGUACCCAAAAGAUACCAAGGUGAAGGUGCAAGUAACGUCCACAGAUAAAUCGCCCUCGUUCACUAUUGACCUAGCUGACUUCGAACUGAUAGCCCCUCCAUUUCCUCAACCCACGGGCUCGUUGUCGGUCACCGAUGCCGCAUAUGGUGCCGACCCGACCGGUAAAACCGACUCAACCCAAGCCUUCCAAAAAGCGAUAGAUGAUGGCCAUAGUCAACAGAAAACAGUGUACAUACCUCAGGGCACCUACACUUUGUACGAGCACGUAAUUGUGGAUGGGGUGACCUUAACCGGGGCAGGUCCGUGGUAUAGUGUGCUGGGUGGCAGGCACCCAACUGAUCGGAGUAAAGCGUGCGGUGUGUACGGUAAAUACAUUGAUAAAGGUGGCAGCAAAAAUGUGCACCUAUCCAAUUUUGCGAUUAUCGGGGACAUUCGCGAGCGUGUGGACGAGUUUCAAACAAACGCCAUUGGCGGUUCACUUAGCGACUCGGUAGUGGAUAAUUUGUGGUUGCAACAUGUUAAAUGCGGCGCAUGGUUAGAUGGUAAAAUGGAUAACCUGGUCAUUAAAAAUAGUCGCAUCGAGGACACAAUGGCCGAUGGGGUCAACUUUCAUAAAGGGGUGACCAACUCUGUGGUGCAAAACACGUUUCUACGUAAUCUGGGCGAUGACGGGCUGGCCAUGUGGGCCGAGCAGAUACCUAACGUGGCCAACAAGUUCAUCAAUAACACCGUCGGUAUACCCGUGUUGGCCAACAAUAUCGCGAUAUACGGAGGGAAAGACAUCGAAGUAAGUGAUAACUUAGUGUACGACACAAUUUCUAACGGGGGUGGUAUACACAUCGCGAACCGGUAUCCAGGGGUAUCGGGCGAAACCGGCGUAAUUGGCCAUCAUAAAGUGUACCGCAACACUAUGCUCAGGGCCGGUAACAAUGAUUUCAACUGGCAAUUUGGCGUAGGUGCUAUUUGGUUCAGCGCACACAAUGGGGACAUAAAUAACGCCACUAUUGAAGUUAAAGACUGCGAGAUCAUCGACGCCUCAUACGCGGCCAUCAUGUACAUUGAGAGCAAAGUGUCCGGGGUCACUUUUGACAAUCUAUUAAUUAAUGGUACAGGUACCUUUGCCAUACAAUUGCAAACAGGCGGCGAAGCCACGUUUAAGAAUGUCAAGGCGAUCAACGUGGGUGAAACGGUACCAAUUUACAAUUGCGGGGUACCUUUUAAGAUGAAUAUCGAGGGUACCAAAACCGGGUGGUACACUGACAAGCCUAGUUGCGAAGACCUAUCAAGUAUUAAGCCAAAGUGGCCGUGGAAUUGGUAGUUAAUCUGGUCACUGCAAGCUUAAUUAAAGCAUUUAAUUAUAUUAACAUAGUAUAUCGUAUCAUUAAAAAAUAUAA